AACCCCAACGCCAACAAAUUGUUUUGUCUCUUCUUCUUAUCUGUCUUAACUAAACCCGCCUUUCUUAUUAUGGCUCCCCACUUUCUUUAUCUUAAAUCUAUUUAUCCUCAUAAUAUCUUCUUCAUUUUAUUGAAUCUUCGCACAUAAUACUCACUCUCACAUUCUCACACCAUCAUUUUUGUUUUGCCUCCAUUUUUUUGAAGAAGGCUUUUGCAUGUCAAGUCUUUUAGCACAUAGUUGACGGAAGGUGCCCCUUCGCAUAAUUCUUCUCUAUUCAUCCUUUCUCAACCAUUUCAAUCUUCAGCAAAAGCAAAAAUUCUGUAACUCAAGUAAACACAACUCAAUCGAUUACUAUUCUCAAUCGAUCUCUGCACGUUUCGUAGCUGUUUCCUUCAAUCUUUACCAUGGGAACCAAAAUGAAAGGCAUUUACAAAAGUUUCAAAUACAUUUCCCAAAUUUUUUUCGUGAAGGACCGAGAAAUGGAAAUUGGUUAUCCAACAGAUGUUAAACAUGUGGCACACAUAGGUUGGGAUGGCCAAUCUGGUACUGCACCCAGCUCGAUGAAUGAAUUCAGGGCAGCUCCUGAUUUCUCAUCAUCAUUUGGGAACCCAAUGGACUCCAGUAAUAUGGCACUUUCGGCAUGGUCCUUUCAAGAUUUUGAACAAUCAAUGGGAGGAAAACUGGGAUCUGAUAUAUUUAAAGACAUUGCACCUACAGAUCUUCCAAAUAUUCCUAAGAAACAGAAGCAGAAAAAGAAAUCAUCAACUUCUUCUCCCAAGUGUGGGUCCUCAAGAUCAUCUCGAUCAGUGAAGUCUAAGACUACAUACAAUGAAAUGGGGACAACAAACGUGCAAGUAUAGAAUUGGUGUCUUAUUGUUAGGAUUUACAAAGACCUGGUAACUAGUCAUGUGAGGUUGCGAGAUUGUUGCUUAAAUCAAUCUAAUUCCCUAGUUGUUAUUGCUACCAUUUUAUUAAAUUUAAAGAUCUUGUUUUAGGUUGUUCAAUGGUUAGAUUCUAAUGAGAGUUUGUUCAUUAGAAAAGAAAUUAAGGGAAAUUGCAGGUAAUAAAGUCUGUUGUUGCUUAGGAUUGAUAAUUUCCAAGGUAAAAUAAUGUUGCUAUUGAUUUAAUUAAUGAGUAGUGAGGGCGAGAUUGAACCAA